AUGAAAGACAACCAUAUGAGUAGAUCUACUAGUACUGCUUCUUCUGGCGAUGAUGUGCAGGUGAUAUUUGUGCCGAAAAAGAAUGCCAAGACAGUCAAGACAGCCUUGGAAGGCCACGGAUGGAUUCACAAGGAUUUUCGAAUGACGGCGGCAAUCACUGAACAGCAUGUGGACUGUCUGGCCAUUCCUGUGCUGUCUGCCUAUUUUGAAUCAUCAUCAUCAUCAUCAUUGCAACAAGAAGACUAUACCUGGAAGGACCUCAUUGUGGGCCACGGUAGACAGCACUGUCCCUUUAGCACAUCCGUCCUUGGAAACCGCCACAAACGUCAGACACUAUUAGUAGUAAUAGAGUCGAAAGAACAACAGUGGUCACCUCUCCAACAGGCAUUGCUGGCAGCACUUCAGUCUCGCUUUCCACAACAUGAUAAUAAUGACACCAAAGAUUGGAGAGACCAGAUUGAUUCCUUGAGCACAACGACUUGCCCUGCCAAGGUGGAAUUCUUGGGCGAUGACAACAACCUAGUUUUACCUCCCAAGGCAAUGCUAUCAUGCGACCUGGAAUUAUCGUUUUUCAAAAAUGACAACAACAACAACCUACAGCUAUUAUUUAUGGACCACCAUUUGUGGCCCACAGUGGCUCGGACAUUUGGUUGUCCUCGGAUCCUUCGAAAGGGGGGUGUCGAUCCCAACAGCCGCAUCCGUCAGACAGGCUACCAACUCCUGUGGCCACCCCAUGACGGAACAUGUAGUACUUCUGGCCCCGACUUGUCUCACAAUAAAAAGAAUUGGAUUACCGUUACCGAACAAGGCAUUCGACAGUCCUUUGAUGUGACACAGGUCAUGUUUAGCCGUGGGAAUAUUUCCGAAAAGAUCCGAUUUGGAACCAAACUCGUGCAAGAAGGAGAUGUACUGUUGGAUCUAUACGCGGGUAUUGGAUACUACACAUUACCUGCACUAGUGCACGGAAAGGCAUCCCAUGUGUACGCCUGCGAAUGGAAUCCACACGCCGUGGCAUGUUUGCGGUACAAUCUGAGAGACAAUCAUGUGCACGAGUGUGUGGAUGUUAUGGAAGGAGAUUGUCGAAACUUGGUCUUGCCAAACAAUAACAAACCAGUCAUUAUUAAUCGUGUCAGUUUGGGUCUGUUGCCCAGCAGUCAAGGCGGGUGGAGGAUUGCGGUCCAGGCAGUCAUGGGUGUGCUGCCGGUGGUGGAGAAUGACACCUCGACCACCACUUUGAACUCGAAUGGUGGUGGGUGGCUUCACGUGCAUGGCAAUGUGCCAGUCAAAGAACGAGAUUUGUGGGCAGCAUGGUUGGUGCGCAGUUUGCACAACUUGGUUCUACAAGAAACAACUCAAAAUAGACACGACGAUUGGGUUGUCAUUUGCCAUCAUGUGGAAAAGGUCAAGUCUUUUGCUCCCACUGUGAAUCAUUUCGUGGCAGAUGUCUUUGUGGGUCCACGGGAGAAGGCACGAAAGUGUGCGCAUCCCCAACACGCAACAACAACAGCUAACGAGUUGGAGCAAAGCCUCCUCGGUGGUGAGAAUUGCUGUUAUGUUUAUGAUAGCACAGGCAUCCAGUUUGUGGCGUGUUCCGCCGACGUCGUGGCGCCGUCCUGUGCUCUCACACCGGAUGGACCUCUGCAUCAAGAGUGGAUGAGGGGAACGGAUUAG